GACCUUAGAAAUGAAGUUGAAAAACUAAGGAAUGACGUGAAUGGGAGAGAGAAGGUAGUGGAAAAACAUUACAGGAGUCUGCCGAACGAAAGCAGUACAAAGCUCCACACUGCAGAGGAAGUGCUUGGGUGUCUAAGAAAAAGUGGAAGUCAAAAGAAUCUGCUGCUUCAGGAAAAGCAACAGUCAGACUAUGAAGGGCUGGCGGGGGACUUAAAGACGGAACAGAGCAUCUAUGCCCAUCUGACGAAGACUCUGCAGGACUCAGAUAGCAGCGACCUACAGGCUGAGCUGAAAGAGGUUCUUGCCCUGCGGAAGCAGCUGGAGCAGGAUGUGCUUGCCUAUCGGAAUCUGCAGAAGGCCCUACAGGAACAGCUCAGUGAAAUUCAGAGGCGAGAAGAAGAACCGUUUUCACUUUAUAGUGAUCAGACAUCAUAUCUAAGUAUUUGCCUUGAAGAGCACAGUCAGCUCCAAGUGGAGCAUUUUUCUCAAGAGGAACUCAAGAAGAAGGUCAGUGAGCUCAUACAGCUUGUGAAGGACCUGCACACAGACAAUCAGCACCUGAAGAAAACCAUUUUUGAUCUCUCUUCCAUGGGUUUCCAGGGAAACGACAGACUUGAGUCAACAAAACAAACAGAGAUCAUGGAGGACUGCGUCAAGAGUGACUGCAAAAAUGAAUAUUUAAGGCAUAUGGAUUCCAAUAUUUUAGACCAUGAUGGAGCCAACACACCUGGUAUCUCUGGAGACCAGAGCCUGGAAGACAAACUCGUAGGCCUGCUUGGCACUUUGUUCCAAAAGAAGGCUGCACUGUUGCUGGAAGCCAGACCAGAUCUUCUGAAAGCACUGGGUACCUUGGUUUUGGAACGAAUAUACUCGGGAGAGCAGGAACUUCCUGGAGAUCACCUUGAUAGUAAAGCUAAGAAGGCACUGCAGCAAGUAGCUCUUCAGCUGAGAGAUGAACUUGACCUUUCCUUCCCAGACAACUCAUUCUCCAAGUCACACAAUGAACUCAAGUCAACAUGGGGGACCUGGCUAGUAAAGACAGGUGACAGAGCCAAGGUGGAGCUGAAGAAUGCCUCAAUGCAAACUAUCACCAUAGAGGACACCCCCCAUGAAUUCAGAUCUAAGGGGAAGAGAGAAGCUUGGGAAGAGGAAUCAGAGGAGACCGUUUUCAGCACUGACCCUGAAGCAGAGGCCUUGUGUGAGAUACCAAGGCUACGGGCCACUCCCCUCUCAUUCCCUAGUACAAUCAACAAGGAUGCUGAGAAGACAGAAUUGAUGAUCAAGUUAAAAGCAUCUGAGUUACUGGAAAAUGUGUAUGAUCUUCCUGCCUCCCCAGAGGUGGUAGCUCAGCUCCAGGUUCAGGUUCUAGAGCUGCAGGGGGAGCUGAAAGAGUGUAAAACACGCAAUAAGAAACUCCAUGACAAGCUCAUUCUGGCAGAGGCAAUGAUGGAGGGGAUGGCAAUACCCAACCCUGUGUUGCUGAAUGAGCCUGCAGCUGUUGUGAGAGCAGUCUACCAGGACAACCCAGGCGAGCAAGAAGGACCUGAAACCAUACCCUCUGCUUGGAAAGAGAAAGAAGCAAACAGUGACCAAUACACAAGCUUUGAGAUCGAUUCUGAAAUGUGUUCACCUGAUGACCUUGCCCUAUUACCAGCAUGCAAAGAGAACACUGGAGACUUCUUAGGCCCAACCUCUGUAGCCACUUACUUGAAUUCUAAGAGUCAACUCUCCAUUAAAGACAGUGUGAUUGGGACUGACCAGUCUGAGAACAUCAAUAUCCCCAAUGACACAGAAGCCUUAAAACAGAAAAUCCACACCUUGCAAACCGAGCUGGAUAGCUACCGGAACUUCAUCGUCCAGUUACAGAAACACUCUCAGUGCAGUGAGGCCGUUAUCACAGUUUUGUGUGGGACAGAUGGGGCUCAAGAUGGCUUGAACAAGCCUAUGGGCCAAACUGAUGAAGAAGAGAUGACAGUUUCAAGUUUGCACCAAGUACGGUAUGUGAAGCAUAUGAAAAUCCUCCAUCCACUAACCUCAGAGAUGAUUGACAACGGGAUGCUAGAGAGCCUCAAACAACAGCUGGUGGAACAGGAGAAGGAGCUACAGAAGGAGCAGGAUUUGAACUUGAAACUUUUCAGUGAAAUCCAUAACCUGGAGAACAAGUUCCGAGACCUCUCUCCGUCAAGAUAUGAUUCAUUGGUUCAGUCCCAAGCCAGGGAGCUCUCCCUUCAGCGGCAGCAGAUUAAGGAUAGCCAUGACAUCUGUGUCAUUUACCGUCAACACAUGAGCACCGUGAUCAAGGCAUUUGAGGAGCUUCUGCAGGCCAGUGAUGUGGAUAGUUGUGUGGCUGAAGGCUUUCGGGAACAGCUAACACAGUGUGCUGAGCUGCCUGAGCAACUGGAAAAGCUGUUUCUCCAUGGAGCAUCGGCCGGAGCGGAACCGCGUCCCCAGAGGGAACUGCAGGAGAGGUUGAGAACUGAGGAAGACAACUUAACCCAUCAUCAUCUCCUGCCUGACUCUGCCGAGCCUUCUGCCUCUCACGCACUGUCAGAUGAUGAGAUGUCUGAUAAAUCCUCCCUGUCUCUAGACCAGAAGGCAGACCACAAGACUGGGAAGUUCCUGGCUAUGGAGAACCAUUUUUCUCAAGACUUACUAAUGGAACACAUACAGGAAAUUCGAACUUUGAGAAAGCAUUUGGAAGAAUUUAUUAAAACAAAUGAGAAGCUCCGAAAACAGCUGGAACAUCAGAGGUCUGAGACUGACCAAGGUUCCACAAAUGUUUCUGCUUAUGGCUCAGAGCUGCACAGCUCUCUGACAUCAGAGAUACAUUUCCUGAGGAAGCAGAACCAGGCCCUCAGUAUGAUGCUCGAGAAAGGGGCCAGAGAUAAACAGAAAGAGAAUGAGAAAUUACUUGAGUCCCUGUCUAGGAAGGCUGCAAGUCUUGAGCACCUUCAGCUAGAGUACACCAGUGUGAAGGAGGAAAAUGAAAGGUUACAGAGAGACAUCAGUGAGAAGGAGAGGCACAAUCAGCAGCUGACCCAGGAGAUCUGCAGCAGCCGCCAGGAGCUGAGCAGGGUACAGGAAGAAAUGAAGUCAAGGCAGCAGCUGCUCUCACAGAACGAUAAGCUGCUCCAGGCCCUCCGAGUGGAGCUGAAGGUUUAUGAGAAGCUGGAUGAGGAACAUAGGAAGCCACAGAGAGAGGCCCAAGGUGAAGCAUCUAAAGAAGGCUGGAAUGGGCCCGAUUCUUUCAGUGAACUGCCUGGCCUCCUGACAGAGAUGAGGGCUCUCCGUGAGCAGCUAGAGAGGAGCAUUCAGACUAACAGCACCCUGAGGAGCAGGCUGGAGGAGCAGCUGUCACAGGGAGCGAAGAUGCCCCAGGAAGGGGCCCUCACUCUGGCUGUCAAGGUCCCAUCUGCCACCGAAUGUUCACUUCAGCUGGACGAGCAUGAUGGCACCAAAUGUCCUGAGGCCAGUGAUAAUUCAUUUGAUCUAUUUGAGUCCACCCAGGCAAUGGCACCUAAAUCAGCUUCCGAGACUCCUCUGCUGUCUGGAACUGAUGUGGACUCCCUCUCCUGUGACAGUAGCACUUCCAUUAUCAGCCCCCCUUGCAUGCCCUGCCUGGUUGCUGAACACCAUGUGUGGGCAAGCAAGAGUGGCCCCCAUGUGCUGGGCCUGAUUGGGGACUAUGAGGCCCUCCAUAAGCAGAUCAGCCGUGGCCAGAGACUGCUUGCCAAGAUGGACAUUCAAACUCAAGAGGCUCUGGGCCCCACAGGUCAAAAGCUGGGGCCAAAGGUUCCACUCUCUGUGCCUCUGAGCAAGUUUCUCUCCAGCAUGAACACAGCCAGACUGGUCCUGGAAGAAGCCUCAAGGUUGCUGAAACUCUUCUGGAGGGUGUCAGUCCCCACAGAUGGCCAGUGUUCACUUCACUGUGAGCAGAUUGGAGAACUGAAGGCAGAGAUCACCAAACUACACAGAAAGUUGUUUGAACAAGAAAAGAAGCUGCAGAACACAGCAAAGCUUCUGCAGCAGAAAAAGCACCAGGAGAAAGUCAUCUGGGACCAGUUGGUCAUCACCCACCAAGUCCUUCAGAAGGCCAGACGAAACCUGGAGCAAAGGACCAGGACUACCCAUUCAGGAACAUCCAGUCCCAGCAGACCGGGUUCAUGAAAUAAUAAAUACAACAACAGUAAUAAAAAUAAUAAAAUAAAAUAAUAAUAAAAAAAGCUUGUGGUUCUGA